AUGGAAGAAGAAAUCAUUUUUAGUACCAAAACAGCAAUAACACAUAGUUAUUUGCAUUCUACAUUGGAUCAAUUUCAAUAUAAACAAUCAACAACAUCUACUUUCAAUUCGAUAGCUUUAAUUGAGGCUCCUGGAUCCCACAAGUCAAAUUAUCUUUUUGUUAAUCAACCGGGAAAAGCAGUUAUUAAUGUAUACAACAUUAAAAAAGAGGGUGUUGAACAAAGGUUACCCGUUGUUGAUGCAAUGGAAUGUACUUGUAUUUUGACCAAAUCAUACAAAUUGAUAACAAGUAGUAAAACUGCAUUAUAUAUCUGGGAUUUGGCCAAUGGUUUGUUAUUAAAUUGUAUUAAACUAGCGCAUUAUCAAAAAAUCAAUAAAAUUAUCCCCUUUCAAAAUGAGAAAUAUAUAGUUACUUGUAGUGAAGACUCUACAUUAAAGGUGUGGGAAGUAUCAGAGUUGUUACGAGCCGAUGCUUAUGAUAAUGACAAAGUUAAAUGUUAUUGGAUGAGUAAGGAUCAUAAUUUGGGUAUUACGGAUGUCGUAGUCAUUGGAGACUCCAAUGUGUUCACAUCUUCUAAGGAUCAGACUAUUAGAUGCUAUAAGUGGGAAAAAAUACUUGAAAUUGACGACCGUGCUACUAAUUCCGAUACCAAUAGAUUUGGCUUAUCUUUGAAGUUAACUUAUAGUUGUUCAAAACCGGUUUAUAGUAUUAUUGUGGAUUCGGCCAUAAGAUGUAUCUAUGCUGGUAUGCUUGAUGAAGUAAUUAGUAUUCCAGUAAUAUAUAAGCUUGAGGGUGAUAGUGUUAAUAAUGGCGUUACUAAAUACGUUAAUUUAUUAAAUUCUAAUAAUAAUGCACCCUCUACUCAAAAUGUUUAUUCCUGUAUUGCUCCUAGUAGUAUUAAAAGCCUUAAGACCUCAGAUAUUUUACAGAAAUUCCAAAUGAAUCAAGUCAUAGUUGGUAUGGUGAUUCAUGGCGUUAAAGCGGAUAAAUUGAACAUUAAUAUGGACUGUACUAUUUUAUUAGUUGGAGAUAGUAACACGGGUAAAUUAAUCUGUUUGGAUACCUAUUCCAAACAAGUUUUAAAAGAGAUCAAUAGUGGGGGUAAUAUAAAUGAAUUUACCAAUAUCAUUAUUAAACCAGUAGUAAAAGCUGCAAACUUGGGUAAUACGUCCACUUCUAAUAAUGGACAUGAUAAUUGGAAAUUUCCCAACUUACAAAGGAGUGUUGCAACUUCAAAUGACAACCAUGACUUAAUAUGGAAAAAUAAUACAUUAGGCUCGAAGGAAGAAGAAUAUAUUAUCGAUACCAAAAAGAAUUUGCUGUUGGAUGAUUUUGAAAGAUAUUUAAAUGAUUUUGUGCGUACGGAUGAACAUCUAUUUCAUCAAUUGGAUAAUGUAAAAACACACAACAUUUUACAAUUUGACCAUACUGCUCCUAAUACCAAUUCGAGUAAGGAUCAAGAAAUUGCUGACCUUAAAGAAACUGUUAAAAAAUUAACAUCGGCUUACAAAGAUUUAAGGGAAUUGUAUGAGCUUCCUAAAUAG